AUGUCUGAUGAAGGAAAGGUGCCUCUACCAGUUCCAAGAGGUCUCAUAUUGGAUCAAGCACAUAUGCUAAGACUUGAAAGACAGCAGAAUGCAAUGCAAGAGCAAAUUGCUCAGAUCACACAACAAGGGCGCAAUGAUGAUGAUGAAGAACCUAGAGUUGAAGAAGGUGCUUAUGAUCAGCACCUGCCUAGGCGUCCACAUGGCCAAAGAGAUAACAUCAAGAUGAAGAUUCCAACCUUUCGAGUUACCAGCUCACCUGAAGAGUACCUAGAAUGGGUACAAAGAGUUGACAAAAUCUUUGAGUAUCAGGAAUACAGCGAAGCAAAGAAGUGCAAACUUAUUGUCGUUGAGUUUGUUGAUUAUACAAACUUAUGGUGGGAGAACGAAAGGCUCAAAGACGUAGGGAUGGGCUUGAUGAUGUACACAAUUAGCGAGUUGUAUAUCAAACUCCAAAGUUUGUGCCAAGGUGGAAUGUGUGUGGAAGACUAUGUUAAAGAAUUUGAGAUGCUGAUGUUGAAAUGUGAUGUGAGGGAACCACAAGAACAAACCAUUGUCUAUUUUCUUGGUGGUUUGAAUUAUGAAAUUGCUAAUACUGUUGAAUUGCAACCAUAUGUAUUCUUACAGGAUGUGAUCAAACUUGCCAUUAAGGUUGAAAGGCAAAGAAUGAAAGGUGGAUAUAAGGGCACUACUACCAAAACAUUCACAAAACCUUCUAACACUAGCAUCCCACUUACUAGUGAUAAAGGUGGCGCGAAGAAGCAUGACAAAGGGGAGAGCUCUGCCAAAGCAACGGUUGGUGUAAGCAUGGGCAAGGAGAAGGAAGUAGAUCCAGCCCCUCCCAAAAGAAGUAAAGACAUAAAAUGCUUCAAGUGCCUUGGCCAUGGACACAUUGCUUUAAAAUGUCCCAACAAGAGAGUAAUGGUGUUGAGGGAAGCCCAAUGGGAGCUAGAGAGUGAAGAUGAGACUUGCGAAAAAGAAGAGAAUCAUGAAGCAUGUGGUGAUGAGGAAGUAGAGUAUGCUGAUGUUGGGGAGAUGUUAGUGGUCAGAAGAACCUUAAGUGCACAUGCAACAAAAGAGGAAGAGCAAAGAGAAAACAUCUUCCAUACUAGAUGCACUAUUCUCAGCAAGGUAUGUAAUGUCAUUAUUGAUGGUGGUAGCUAUACUAAUGUUGCUUCUACAACCUUAGUUGAGAAACUUAAUCUGCCCACCUUAGUGCAUUCUCAUCCUUAUAAAUUGCAAUGGCUGAAUGAUGAUGGUGAUGUUAAGGUGACUAAGCAAGUAGUUGUUCCUUUCUCCAUAGGCAAGUAUAAAGAUGAAGUUGAUGGGAGAAGAAUUGUAUUAGCCCCUCUUAGUCCCCCACAAAUACAUCAAGAGCAGCUGAUUAGUAACAAACAAAAGAAGGAGAGUUUGUUCCUUAAUAAGGGGGAUGUUUUGAAGGCUAUCACUAACCACAAUUUUGUUUUUGUACUUAUUGUUAAAGAAUUAUUGGAAUCUAACCACAUUGCAGUUCCUCCCAAAGUGGCUAAACUAUUGGAAGAAUUUGAAGAUGUUUUUCCAGAAGAUUUGCCAGAGGGACUACGUCCCCUUCGUGGCAUUGAACAUCAGAUUGAUUUAAUUCCUAGAGCGGCAUUACCAAAUAGACCAGCCUACAGAAGCAAUCCCAAAAAGGCUAAGGAGUUGCAUAAGCAAGUCAUGGAGCUAUUGAAAAAGGGCUAUGUUCGUGAGUCCAUGAGCCCAUGCUCUAUUCUAGCUUUGUUGGUGUCCAAAAAGGAUGGUUCCAUGCGCAUGUGUGUUGAUAGUAGAGCCAUCAACAAAAUCACUAUAAAGUAUCACUAUCCCAUCCCUAGACUUGAUGACAUGCUUAAUGAGUUACAUGGUGCUAUUAUCUUUUCAAAAGUUGAUCUGAAAAGUGGUUACCAUCAGAUUCGAAUGAAGGAGGGAGAUGAAUGGAAAACAACCUUUAAAACAAAGUUUGGGUUGUAUGAGUGGAUGGUCAUGCCUUUUGGCCUUUCUAAUGCCCCUGGAACUUUUAUGAGACUCAUGAACCAUGUACUUCACCACUUCAUUGGCAAAUUUGUGGUUAUUCAUUUUGAUGAUAUUCUGAUUUAUAGCAGGAGUGUUGAAGAUCAUCUCAAGUAUCUAAGGGCUAUUUUUGAAGUUUUACGCCAAGAAAAGUUGUAUGCGAACAUUAAGAAGUACACUUUUUGCCACGAUCAAGUCACAUUCCUUGGCUUUGUGGUAACCAAACAUGGCAUGGAGGUGGACAAAGAGAACAUGUAA